AUGGCCAGCCCGUGGGCCUGCACCCUCCUCUGCCUGUUGCUGGCAGGCACCCUGGCCCGAGCUGCUCUCAGACCCACGGCGAUUCUCAGCCUCAGCCCGGAUAUCAUCAGAGAAAAACUGAUGGACAAGCUGGAGGAACACAAUGCCACAGUCAUCCUCCAGCAGCUGCCACUGCUCAGUACCGUGCAGGAAGAAUCCACCGGGCUACUGGGCAGCCUGCUGAGUGGGGCCAUGAACCACAUCAUCUGGUUCAAGGUCACCUCAGCUAGCAUCCUCCAGCUGCAGGUGCAGCCUUUGUACUACAGCCAGGAGAUGUUGGUCAGGAUCCCCAUGGACAUGAUGGCUGGCUUCAACACGCCACUGGUCAAGACCAUCCUGCAGAUGCAUUUGGAGACGGAGGCCCAGGCCACCAUCCAGGUGGAGACUGGCGCAGGGACCCCUCCUCGCCUGGUCAUCGGUGACUGCUCCAGUAACCACAGGAACCUGCGCAUCAGUGUGCUGAAUAAGCUCUCCUUCCUGGUCAACUCCUUAGCGGAGAAGGUCACAAACAUUCUGACACCAGCCCUGCCCAGUUUGGUCCAAGACCAGCUGUGUCCUGUGAUCGAGGCAGCCUUCAACGACAUGUACGCCAACCUCCUGCACCUGGUGACAGAGCCUGCCGUAUUCAACCUCGGGAGUGUGCAGUUUUACCUGCAGACUCCAGUCAUUGAUGGAGACAUCAUCCAACUCAACCUGGGGGCCACCCUGUUGGACUCAGAGAAGAAAGUGAGCAAAUGGUUCAACCAGACCACAGCGUUCCUGACCGCACCCACCCUGGACAGCGCCCCUGUCAAAUUUACCGUGAGACACGACCUGGUGAAUGCUGUCGUGGCUGCCUUGCUCCCACCCGAGGAAUUUGUCGUCCUUCUGGACUAUGUGGUCCCCAACCUGGCCGACCAGCUCAAGUUAGCCAUCAAUACGUUCAACAAAGAGGUUGGUCCUUUUGCUGUGGCCUCUGGGCCACGUGUGGGUCUGAUGUCCAUGCAGGCUGCUGGUCAGGUGGAGGCCACGCAGAGGUUGAAGAUCCGGACUCUGAAGAGCCCGGAGGUAGUGCUGAACCACGAUGGUGCUAGAGUGGCCCAACAGAUCGUGCUGGACUUCUUCGCCAACGAGCAAACCCACCGCCCCCUCUUCACCCUGGGCAUCGAAGCCGACUCAGAAGCUGAGUUUUACAGCAGCAGGAACCAGUUUAUGCUCAACUUUCAAGGACUCAAUUCUGAUCGGAUCCACCUGAUGAAUUCAGGCAUUGCUCCAUUCAAUCCCGACCUUCUGAAGGACGCUGUCAGCAACAUCCUGGCCUCGGUGCUGAUACCCAACCAGAAUGGUAAAUUGAGACCCGGGAUCAAGACGUCCAUGAUGAAGGCUUUGGGGUUCCAGGAAGUCACAUGGUCUAUGACCCAGCCUGCUGGUCUACCCAAGCAGAUCAGUGUGCAGCUCACAGACCUGACGCUCAAUUCCCUGGACAACAUGGGGUAG